UAUUUCCAAUAUCCAUAUCCUGAAUCAUCUUCUUCAUGUGUUUCUCAAUGAAAACGACUCGCAGACGAUGCUUCUCUUUGGGGAAGAGGAGUCUAGCAGGGAGGUUUCUUACAGAGGUGUGAGGAGAAGGCCAUGGGGGAAAUAUGCAGCUGAAAUAAGGGAUUCAACGAGGAAUGGUGUUAGGGUUUGGCUGGGAACCUUUGAUACAGCCGAGGCUGCUGCUUUAGCCUAUGAUCAAGCUGCAUUGGCAAUGCGAGGUUCCAUGGCUAUACUCAAUUUCCCGAUCGACAAAGUCUACGAGUCGCUUCGAGAAAUGAACUAUAGAUUCGAACAAGGGUGUUCGCCUGUUUUAACGAUGAAGAAAAGGCACUCCUUGAAGACCAGAAACGGGAUGACGACGACGAUGAAGAAGGUGAAGAAAGAGAAGGAGACUAUGAAGAUGGAAAAUGUGGUGGUGUUUGAAGAUUUGGGUAUUGAUUACUUGGAGGAACUUCUUAGCAUUUCCGAAAGUUCUUUAAAUUACUUCCAUUAGUUAACAUUUUUUCAGUUAUAGAUAUUGGAGCAUG